AUGCCGGGAGCUCUGAACACCUCCGGGAGCUCCGUGUGCCACCAGAGGCUCCGCCGUCACCGGCUCACCGCCCGCUCCGAAAGCGAGGAUGGCAUCGAAGGAGACGCCGUGCUCUCAGACUAUGAAAGCGCCGAGGACUCGGAGGCGGAGGAGGAGGAUUACAGCGAGGAAGAAAGCUCCAAGGUGGACUUGAAGCAGGACAGCACCGACUCCUGCGAGUCAGCAGCCAGAGCAGAGAAGGGCAGUGAGAAGCUGGAUGCCAAGGGAGCGGUGACGGGCGAGCGGCAGAGCGGGGACGGGCAGGAGAGCACGGAGCCUGUGGAGAAAAAGGUUGGGAAGAAGGUCCCCAAGCACCUGGACGACGAUGAGGAUCGGAAGAACCCCGCGUACAUCCCGCGCAAGGGGCUCUUCUUCGAGCACGACCUGCGAGGGCAGACGCAGGAGGAGGAGGUCAGGCCCAAGGGCCGUCAGCGGAAGCUGUGGAAGGACGAGGGGCGCUGGGAACACGACAAAUUCCGGGAGGACGAGCAGGCCCCCAAGACCAGGCAGGAGCUGAUUGCUCUGUACGGAUACGACAUCCGCUCAGCCCACAACCCCGACGACAUCAAGCCCAGGAGGAUGCGCAAACCACGGUUUGGGAGUCCCCCCCAGCGAGACCCCAACUGGUCCAGCGAGAGGCCCCCGAAGCCCCCGAGGCACCAGGGAGCCAAGAGCCCCUCGGCCCCCCCACGGCCCUUCACCAGCCGCAGCUCUGCCAGCACUGGCAGGAUGGCCCCCACCAGGAACUACCCCAGGAUGGGGGGCUACAAGGAGACCCGUCCAGGCUACCGGGCUUCAGAAACGGGUGUCCCGCACAGAAACGGGGAACAAGCCAAGCAGGAGAGCGGCUACCGCGGGAAGCGGGCGGAGCAGAGCCCGCCGAGGGACACGUCCCCCGAGCUGGAGGUGCCACAUAUCCAUGGCAGCCCCGGGAAGGAGGAGGGGGCUCUGGAAAACCAAGCCGUGGCUGCUGAUGCUGCGCAGCCGCCACCAGACAGACCAGUUGAGAAGAAAUCCUAUUCCCGGGCAAGAAGGACCAGAGUGAAGGCUGGGGACGCGGGGAAGCUGCUGGAGGAAGCGCCCGCUUCCGAGGGGCUGGCUCCUGUCAUUCCAAAACCCACACCUGCAGAGACCUCCCCCCCACCAGCCAAGAGCAACUGGGAGUCGCCAGUGGAAUCCAGCGUGGAUGGACUCGAGCAGGAGAUGACCCAGAUGAACCUGACGGAGCAGAACUGGACCCCGGGGCAGUCCCAGUUCAUCCCACCUCGGGAGAUGAGGGGUAUUCCCAACCAUAUGCACGUGGGAACUGGGCCACCACCACAGUUCAACCGGAUGGAGGAGAUGGCAGUGCCGGGGGGCCGUGUCAAGCGUUACUCCUCACAGCGCCAGAGACCCCCCGUGCCAGAGCCCGCACCCCCCAUGCACAUCAGCAUCAUGGAAGGGCACUACUAUGACCCACUACAAUUCCAGGGACCAAUCUACACCCACGGGGAGAACCCGGCCCCGCUGCCACCCCAAGGGAUGAUCGUGCAGCCGGAGAUGCACCUCCCUCAUCCAGGUUUACACCCCCACCAGACACCCCCCGCCAUGGCAAACCCCGGCCUGUACCCCCCGCCGGUGUCCAUGCCCCCGGGCCAGCCCCCGCCGCAGCAGCUGCUCACUCCGACCUACUUCUCCGCCCCUGGAGUGAUGAAUUUUGGGAAUCCUGGCUACCCCUACCCCCCCGGAGCUCUGCCCCCUCCGCCUCCUCCGCAUCUGUAUCCCAACACACAGGCGCAGUCCCAGGUGUAUGGGGGGGUCACCUACUACAACACUGUCCAGCAGCAGGUGCAGCCCAAGCCUUCCCCACCCCGCCGGACGUCCCAGCCCGUGACCAUCAAACCACCCCCUCCGGAGGACAGCAAAGGUGAAAAAUCAAAGGAGAGGAGCAACACGUAGGGAUGUGGCCACGGGAAUCCCAGCACCAGACUCGGCACCUCGGCGAGGAGGAAGCUGCUCCUUGGAACGGCUCCUUCCCUGCGCGGAGGUGAGGCAGCGGGAUGAGACACCUGCACCUGCUCAGGGCCAGGCACUUCCCCCCAUGGUCUGAGCGGUGCCUUCCCGAAAUCCAUCCCACUGCUGCCCACCCCCCUCCUCCCCUGCGCUGGGGCCGCCGAAGAACCAGCCCCCGAGUCGGUCCUUGGCCACACGUUCUCCCAACUUCUCCCCGUUACUAAACGUUCCCCGCUCCCUCCCCAGAUGUCAAACUCCGCUGGCUUGAUCGUGGUCUGUUUUUAUUUAAGGAAUGAAGCAGCUCCUUCAUUAAAGCUGAUUUGUUUCUUUUGGGUA